AUGCCAGUCAAUCUCCUCGACCCAGCAACCACAAUCUUCUUCCUUUGUGACAUCCAAACCAAAUUCCGCUCUGCCAUCUAUGGAUACGACCAAGUCGUUGCUACGGCCAACAAGCUCAUUAAAGUAGCAAAGGUUCUCAAUAUCGAAGUCCUUGCACUCGGGGAAAUUGAUCCUGCCAUAAACACUGAGUCGUUGGGACCCCUGUACAUCGGGCCUUAUGACAAGACUCUGUUCUCCAUGUUCACUGCGGAUGUCAAGGCUGCCUUGGCUGCGCGGCCUCACGUCACCUCGAUUGUUCUCUUCGGAAUCGAGACGGCCCUGGAUCUCAUUGCUUCUGAGAAGUACACCGUGCACAUCGUGGCCGAUGGUGUAUCUUCUUGCAACGCGUUCGAGAUACCCAUUGCACUGGAUCGAAUGCGCACCGAAGGUGCUAUUAUCGGCACGAGUGAAAGCAUUGCCUUUCAGUUGAUGAAAGACGCGGCAUACCCCAACUUUAAGGCGUUCAGCAAGAUCAUCAAAGAGGAGAUCGCCUCCACCAAGGCUGUUGGACAGGUCCUACCCGUCGGCUACAUGCCCAACAAUCUUCCCGCUGUUCCUAGAAGUGCGCUGUGA